UUAGGGCGGGACUUGAGCCCGGAAGCGGCGGAUUGCGAGUCCGACACGCGGACCACUCGACCACACUGCCCCCCAUUGUUUCUAAGCGUGACAAAUCAUUGUAACUUACAAAUAGUUCCUUAAAGCGGUCACUCUCCUAAUUAUCAGAAAUUUCGCAGACGUAGGCGAGCGAGACGAAUGAGUGGUAUGAGUGAGACUUAUAGUACAGAAAUAUACUUUCAGAUCUACUGCUAUUUACAACAAAGUACCAGUAGUUGGUAAAGCCAUUGUACCAUCAACUGCCAAAACCAGUAUUUCGUAUGUAUCACAUUUUUCAUUUGUAAAAGAGAUUAUUCAUACCUUAAUUUUUUUUUUCUUUUACCUUUGUAUUGCAAUAUGUUUGGGAAUUUAGCUUCAACCUGCAAGGGAGUUUAUGGUAGUCAAACGUCAACCAUGAGUAACCUGGUGACAUUAAACAUCGAUUGAAAACCAGUGACCGUUCGUUGUUACGAAGAAAUCAGUGGAUGCGGUGAUGGGGGAUGGACGCCGGUCAUGAAAAUCGAUGGCAACAAGAAUACCUUUCAUUAUGACUCACAUCAUUGGACUGAUAAGAACGAAUACAACUCUCCCAACGGACAAACUGGGUUUGACAACAAAGAAACUAAGCUGCCGACUUUCUGGAACACGCCUUUCUCUAAGAUAUGCCUUGGUAUGAAAAUUGGCCACCACACCAACUUCAUUGCCAUCAACAAGCAGGCCGACUCUCUGCACUCACUGAUCGCUGAUGGGAAAUAUCGCAACACGUCACUGGGUCGAGACACUUGGAAGGCACUUAUUGGUUCAAGGGGCUCCCUGCAGCCCCAAUGUAACAGGGAAGGCUUUAAUACUGUGUCUGAAAGAAGUGAUCAUUCUAGAGCAAGAAUCGGAAUACUUGGUAACAAUGAAAAUGAGUGCAGAAGUUGUGAUUCCAGAAUUAGGUUCGGUACUGCGGGGAAACCUAAUAAGGCUAUCACGUGUGGAAAUGCAGCCUCCAGGCAGUAUGAGUCGGACAAUGGAGAAGCAAAAAUCAGAGCAAUGGGGUACAUCUUGGUGCAGUAAAAAGGUACCACCCGGGAAAGAUACCACAAAGCAAUAAAAAAAUGUUACAUUGAUGGAACUUUAAACUCCCGUCACUCAUUACUACAGCUGUACAUGAGUCAGUUAUUAAUUAAUGGCUGAUUCAUCAAUUCAAUCCACUUGAAGGACUCAAUAAGCACAAUUUCUUCAAAUGAUCCAAACAACUCAAAUGACAUGAAUUGCCUCAAAUGACCAAAUCAUGGUCAAUAUUCUGUGGAGCCCAGGUUCAAAGACGCUCCGUCCGCGGAUUUGGACCCCCAACAAAACUUAGUGAAAAUAUCGUCCUGAGCGAAAGAGCUGAGGGUUAAGGUCUAGGGUUUAGGGUUAGGACUACAUGAUACAAACGACGCUUAAAGGAGAGUUUGAUAGGUCGUUCAAUUCUGCGAAGGGGUGUUUAUAUCCGCCAGCGGACUUGGACCGGGGGUUUAAAUCCGCCACCUGUGACACCGGAAACGAGCUAUACAUUAGCGUUUCCCUGGAGCAAGAAAACAGUCGACGAAGAUCGUGUUUUCUUGACGUUAACCAUUAGUAAUUCUGUGUGAAAACGCUCUGAAAAUGCAGCGCUCUUGUUUUUAUGAAAACUACAAAAAGCUGCAGGAAAACAAUGCAAGCUGUUUACGAGUGUUUCCACAGAGCACGAAAACAAGAGACGAACACCAAAUCUUUAUUGCUUAAUCACGAUAAUGAGUAAUUCUGGGAGAACGGCAUCGUUCGUGUGCUCGAGAAAAUUAGAAAAAGACUUCCGUUUGAACAAGCUAUAUUAGAACUAGCAGAGUCGCGCAAUCAAAUUCAUUAUACGUAAGCGUGCUCAAAAUCCCGAUAGUGCAC